CCGCGGCUCAACCCCCCUCACCGGCCUUAAAGGUUCCCGGAGACGCAAAGUCGGACGCGGGUCCUGAGCGCGGAGCUGCAGGGGGGAGCAUGAGGCAGCCCCCGAGGCGCGCUCCCUGCAUUUCCCACCCUUUCCACGCUGCCCUGCGCGCGCGGUCGGGCGCCCUUGGGGUGGGCAGGGAGGCACGGGCAGGUGCAGCGCCGAAGACCUCCCGCCGCCAUGGAGAAGGGGCUCCCCACCCACCCUCCUGCCCCAACCAUUAUAGAUCCAGGACAGUGCGCCCUGCGGCCCUUCCGGGACAAACUGCCCCCAGGACAAGCUGCCCCCAGGACCACCGCGCCCCGUUUGCGGGACUCCGAACUGGGCCCCCGAGAUCUCCACCUGCGCAAAACGAAAGGGCGGAUUCUCCUUGGACUCACGAGGCAACCGCUCCCCGGGGUGAGAAGGGGAGACUCAUUCCUCCUGCACUGGGAGAAGACGAUUCUUUAGGAGGAAGCCAGGGAAGCGAAUGCUACCCAGGAAGAAAGCUCAGAACAGCCCUCAGAAAACUGCAUGUUGACAGCACCCAGAGUCCUGGCUGGAAGAGGGAAGGGCACUCACAGAGCUGCUUCGCUGGAGCUGUGUCUCUCCCAACUGCCUUGAAGGAACCUCUUGGGAAGGCAGCAACUUCUGGCCUCUGGGGACCUAAAGAAGCCAAGUGGCAAAGCGGAACCCCCUCCUUUGAGUUAAAAGUGUUGCAGACACUGGGAAAUGCCUGAGAGACCUUGUGCCUUAGCAGAGAGAGAUGUUAUGUGCACCGAAUCCCCAACAUGCUUUGCAAAUGUUUAAGGGAGAAGACAGACAUGGGUCAGAUACAACACAAACAAGGCUCUCAGGCCACCAGGCUGAGUGAAGGUGCUAUACAGAGGCUUCUUGGCCACCUGGGGCCGCUUUGAGCCUAUGAGGGAUCCUGGGAGGGUAGUGGAGUGAGGACAGCAGAGGAGCACCAAAGACAAACUCAGCCCAUUUCACAAUUUUAUCGUGAGCCAGCCCUAUCUUAGCCCUCUUGUUUUGAAGAAAAGCCAAAUUUGUAUUUUAAAAAAUACUUAUGCAUGAUCCAUUCCCUAUUGUGAAAUAAGCACAUUUAUUACACAGAAGGAAACCUGAUGUCUCUCAGACCUUGAGCAGACUAUUUACAACAUUUGGGCUACAAGGCAAGGUGACCUUCAGACCACGAAGUGGCGAUGGCUUGCAUAGGGCAAGGCAGGGUCUUUGAGAGAACAUGAGACACACAGGCCACCACCAUGUUUUAGGGGACCUGGGAUUUUGCAACGGGAAGAAAUAAGAGGUUAGAAGAAUGCAUGCUUUAAAACAUGUAAAAUUUUAAAAUAGAACGCUUUCACACACACACACACACACAGACACACUGCAACACAAUAUAAUUAUGCCAUUUACUAGUAAUGAUAUAAACAUAUCUGAAUGCCCCUUUGAACACAAAGCACAGCUAAAUGCCCCACCUCCAGCAGACAGACCCUGAAGCAACACACCCCCAAGAAAACAAGUGACAGAUAUAUAGAAUAGAUAGAUAGA